AUGGGAGUCUGGCAGUCCGUUGCAAGCCCUGCCAGUGGUGUGCAUGCAGAGCCCGCCGACCCUGACAUUCUCAUCUGCGGGGCUGGCAUCGCCGGUUUAGCCUUGGCCAGAAAAUUGGAGCAGUUAGGCUUCAAGUCCGUUUGGAUUCUGGAAGCCGACGACUGCCUGGAGAGUCGCGCCCAAGGGUACAGUUUAACCAUACAGCAGCCUGGUCAAAAAGCCUUGAAGAGUCUUGGCCUCCUGGAUGCGGUGCGAAGCUGCUCCAAAUUUGGCGGUGGAGGCCAGCAUUUCGUGAAUGCAGUGGAAGGCUCGAUCAUUCGAAGCGUGGGAGUGCGGUCUGGCCCUCCGAAGCGCAACACUCGCUGCAAUCUCUAUGUUCCUCGCCAGACGCUCCGGAGUCUUUUAGCGAGGUCAUUAACAUCCACCAAAAUUCUGUUUUCGGCAAGGGUCGAGUCGUUCCAGGAGUCUGAUGAGCGUGUGACGGUUGAGUCGAGCAGCGGUCGGAAGCUGUCCUGUGCCUUGCUAGUGGGGUGCGACGGUGUCAAUUCAGCCGUGCGGAAGCAUAAGCUCUCGGACAGCCUUCGGUUUCUCGGCGUGGGAAUGAUUAAUGGAAUCGCAAGCUCCAGCCCGGCUUUCUGCGAUGCCGGCAGCCUGCACCUGCUGGACGGUACUCGUCGCUUGUUCAUGAAGCCCUUUGAAGCCGGGGCCAUGUGGCAGCUUACCUUUCCGGCAGAGAUUGGGCAGAUUGAAGCGAUCCGGGCUUUACCGAAGCACGAGCUACACGCCUUGGCCGAAUCAGAAACCUCCUCUUGGUGCUCUGAGUACAAGGCCAUCAUACAAGAGACCGAUGCAUCGACUUUACGGGCAGGUGCUCUCUUUGACCGUGACCCGCUCUGCUGCGCAGCACACGUUGGCGCCCGGACCGCUGUCAUUGGUGAUGCUGCGCAUCCCAUGACACCUUUCAUAGGCCAAGGGGCCAACCAGGCCAUGACGGACUCCAUACAGCUCGCGGAAUCUUUGUCUUCAUGCAGGGAUGCGACUGGACGACUCGAUGCCUCCUCAGUCCGGGUCGCAUUUGAGCCAGAGGGAGCAUUUCCAAUUUGCGACCCCGAAGUGCCACAACCGGCACGAACGCGAGAGAGGGAGAGGGGCCAGCUUAGUGGAUAUCCCCGCAAUCUGCUGACUCACUAUCGACCGACCAUUACGCAAUUCUGCAUGACGCCUGAACAAAUCAGAGCUCUUCGCACGCUCUUUGAGACGCGCGAGGAGCACUUGCGCCUCCUGGCAGAGCGUGUAGAGCGAAGCGACUGGGACGUGAAGCUUGAGCAGAUCCGGCAGGCACUGCAGGACAGCAACAAGCAGAGAACUCUAGAAGCCGAAAGGCUUGAGCUUCUCUCGAAGAAGGUGGAGGACCAAGAGCAAGUCCACGACGACCUUCAACGGGAGCUGGCCUCUCAUGCCAGCGGCAAGCAGGAUGCUGAAAUGGCGGCUGCCGUCGCAGGGCUGGAGGAUCAGCUUAAAACCCUCGGCUUGGAGCUGCAGGAGCUGAGAGAUCAUGAUGAUCUCGGUCCACGCGUGGCCGACUUGCUCUCACAACUACGGGAGAUUGCUCCCAAGGUCAUAGAGCAGGAGAAGUCCAUCAGGCUGCUGCAAACCAGCGAGCCUUUCCAGAAAGAGAUCCGCUUGUUGCAGGAGGAGAUUGGCACACUGCGAUCCAGCAUUGCCUCCAAGAGUUCCUCCAGCACAGAUGCAGUGUCUGAAAAGAUAAAAGAGGAACUGAUGAAAAGCCACGCAGAGCUGCGUGAGCAGAUGGCGGCCUCCGCCCAGGUGACGUCGCAGCUCCGCGAGCUUCAAGAGACGACAGCCACAGACCUGAGGCAACAAGUCGGGGAGCUGAAGACCAGAUGCGAGAACGCUGUGGAGAAGGUUCAGACGGAGUGGAAAGACCACCUCACAGGACUGGAGAAGAGUUUCAAGCAGUUCAAAGCUGAGGCUCACAGCCAGGAGGAGAGCCUGCAAAGCCUCCAGUCGCAGCUGGCACCUCUGAAGGCUGACGGCCCUGACGAGAAGUGGCUUCAGCUCCAGCAGGAUGUGUCAGGCGAGCUCAAGGAACAUCGGCACAGAACAGAGGAGAGCCAGAAGGAGUUGGCAUCUGAGCUGUACCGGUUGGUGGAUCAGAGCAAGUCGGAGGUCAGGACAGAGCUUGCCAAAGCCUUGAAGGCUGUCCAGGGGCCUGAGCUGGAGCUACAGGAGCUGCUGAUCACAGCGAGAAAAGAGUUGAAGGGCGAGCUUGAAACUCUCCAGGAUCUUCGCAGCAACAUGGAGGCAGCAGCUGCUGAAGACUCCAAGGUCGCUGGGGCUCAGGCGACGGAGUUUCGACAUAUCUUCGAGCAGCAUGCAGCCCAACUGAAGUCCAUGGAGGCUCAGCUGGAGUGCCAGAAGACUCUCAAAGAGGAGCUCGACAGUGCCAAGGACCAAGUGGCCGAGCUGCAGAGUAGCACGAGCGCUUUGAACAUGCCGUCUGAGCGGAUCGAGGCCACUAGGACCUCUCUGAACGCUUUGGAGCACGACGUGGCUGGCCUGAAGACCAAACUCAACGCCACUCCGGCAUCGCAAGAGUCGGUGGAGGAGCUGAAGGUUGUCGUCAAAGGAUUUCAGGAUCGCUUGGAAUCAGCCGCCUUGAAAGAUGAGGUGACCCAUCUUUCUGAGCGUGUCAAUGCGCUCAUUGCGGCACAGUUCAAAAAGUCAGGUGGCCAGAGGCAAGACCUGGAAGAGGAGUUUGAGAACCUGGCCGCAACCUUGCAAAAGGACGAAGAAGCAGAGUCUGUUGCCCACACCAGGCUGCUGUUGAGAAUCGACGAGCUUUGUCGCAACAUCUCGAAGGCCACCGACGGUGGGGCUAACGACUGGGCCUCGAAGUUUGCCUCCUUGGCACAUCAGGUUGAGGAGAUGCAGAAAGCUGAGAAGCAAAUGGAGGUGCAGCUCGCGAGUUUUGUCUCGAAGCUUGCUUGA